AUGCCGUUCACCAUUGACCGAGAACGGGAAUGCCAGCCGUACAAAGAACUGUACCACAAGUUGCAUAACCUCGAGCAUCACGUCGAAGUGCUCCCUCGGGCCAAGUCUCUCCUUCUCUCGUUCUUCUCCGAGGCCUUGCACUCCGAGCGCAGUCGGAGCUCCAUCCUCUCGCUCGACUGCUUCUCCGCCACCGCCCUAAAUGGCUUCGUCCAAGAAGAGCUGGACGCUGUGACGAGAAAAUGGCGGAAAUACCUUAGCGGACGCAAGGCGGGCCAACCUCGCACGCUGUUCCAGUCCGCCGCCGAUGCGCGCCGCUGGCUUGUCCGGAUGGCGCCGGUCAAGCUUGUCGACGGUGCCUGGCUGGGCCACAUCCACAAGAUCACAACCCCUUUUGCGGAUAGGCGAAUCACAAGGGCCGCAUGGCAGGUUCUUUCCGAGGAGCUGGGCGACGGUGAUCUGGUCAAGAACCAUGUGCAUCUCUACGCGCAACUCCUCCAGCAGAUCGGCGCGCCCGUCGGCGAGCCCGGCUCGGUCGACUUCAUUCGACAUCUAGGCAUGGACGACCCUCAGGUCUGGCGAGCGGCACUUGCCCAACUGCUUAUCUCCCUGUUCCCGCACGAGUUUCUCCCCGAGAUCCUGGGAUUCAACCUGCAUUUCGAAAUGCUAACUUUCGAAACCCUCGUAGCGAUGAAGGAGCUACGCGAGGUCGGCUACGACGCUUACUAUUUUACCCUACAUGUUACCAUCGACAACGCCAGUACGGGUCAUACCGCCAUGGCGAGCUACAUCGUGACAGACUAUCUGCGCUCCGUUGAGGUCCGCAAGGGACACGCCGCAGCGUACCAGGCGUGGAAACGCGUCCAGGCCGGGUUUAUGCUGUCCGAGAGCUCGUCCAAUAUAAGAGCAGCCACCGAUUGCCCCCUCGUCGCCGAGGUCCUUGCUAUCUUCCAGAAAAAGGUUGACACCUCGAACCGAAUUCAUGAUAACUGCCCUCAGCGCGAAGCCGUGGGUGUAUAA